AUGAUCGGCAUGCGCAACAGAUGUGCGAUCGUGCUACAGCCGGGUCAAACAGACCACGGAGGGGGGACGCACUCUUGUGCAAAGCGAUCGUUCGGGGGAAGGACGAGCGCGCAUGGUUGUACGGUAAAAUGCGAAGCCUGUGACUAUUAUUGCGACCAAGAAGUAGGCCAUCGCGGAAAGCACUCAACAGCACACGGAAACAUGCGAAACAUGCGCUUUGUGAGUAAGGAGGAAGCUAUUGAGUGGAAGGACCACGAAUAUGCGCCAGGAGAGAAUGCGAUAGCAGAAAUGUGCAAUUUGUUCUGCUCUACUGCUGGACGAGGACAUGCUCAUUAUUUGAAAUGUGCUUACGAUAGCGUCGACCAGUGCGUUUAUUCUGGGGCACGCGACCAUCGUCGCCACUGCGAUUCGGCGCUGCUCGUACCACGGCCGACAGUAGAGGUGGAUGAAGUUUUGCACGCUGAAUACUGGGAGACGAUCGGGUGGGAGGAUCCGUGUGGAUCGGCCCGUGAGCGAGCAACAUUUGCCAAGUGCCCAUACAUGUGCCAAUCUGUCGAGCACAAAGGCGACCGGAAAGUGCCAUCUAGCUGUGAUCUGCCUGCUUGGCACGCUCCUGUUGACACUGAAUCGUACGUUGUACGCAACGGCUAUUCCUACAUCAACGGUCACCGCUUCGCGUGCUACCAUCCGUCGACUGACAUUUCGCACCACAUUUUCGUGUUGGACUGUUCGGGUUCGAUGAAAGGAAGACCGUGGACAGCUCUGAUGAAUGGGGUGCGCCGCUAUAUGUCAGGGCAGGUGCAGAGGGGCAGUAAUCAGGACAUCGUGUCGAUUGUCACAUUUGGGGAUGAUGGGCAUGUCGUGUUUGAGGGAGUAAGGAUUGGAAACGCAGCGACGCGGUGCGUGAACUUCCGAGGCGGCGGGACGUUUUACGCAGAAGGACUGAAGGCAGCGAGCGCUAUCAUUUCGCGGACGAACACGAAUAUGUAUCGACCUGUGAUGGUCUUUUUCACGGACGGCCGUCCUGCUGACGCUAAGCAAGGAUUGAAGCUCGCGAAAGAUAUCCGACAACGCUACAGCAUAUCCGGGUUGCGAGCUUUUGUGGUUGGGUUUGGCAAAGCAAGUGAGUUUGGACUGAAAGUUCUUUCGGACCAACUUGGUGGAAGUGUGCACGCGGCUGGCUCCCUUGAGGGUCUUGUGGACGCGUUUCGCUCUAUCUCGGCAUCGGUGGGGGCUCGCACGGGGCUCAUUUGCAGCAAGAACACCACCACGUAA